ACGCAUUUGUUAAGACAGCGUUUUAUGUUUGAACAGGCAUUUUCUUGCUUAUCGUGAAACUAUUUUGAAAAUGGCAACAAGUCUUAGAUUAGUAUAUAAAAGUUCGGAUAUAAUUCUGGAUUACUGUUGUACGCCUUGUGAAGAGGACAAUUUGAAAACAGAGGCGGAGGUAUAUUGUGAAAAAUGCACAACGUUUUACUGCGGAUCGUGUAUAAACAUGCACAAGCAGUUGUAUAAAAAGCACACGACGUAUGGGAGAUCCGAUAUAAAGUAUUGGCCAGUUGCCAAGCCUACACGGGAUCUUAUAGAGAAGUGUGAGUUACAUACGGAAGAAAAAUUGAAGCUUUAUUGUGAGGACCAUAAACAAAUUUGCUGCAACACUUGUGUCUCUUUGGACCAUCGCCAAUGCACUACAGUUAAUCUUAUAAAAGAUGCAGUAAAGACGCAGUCAAUUGCAGACUUACAACAGCUUUUCGCUGAAAUCAACACGAUGCUGCAACAAUUGACGCAGCUCCGAAAGAGUGGAGAGGCAAACAUAAGGUCCUUGCAUGAAUUAUAUAAGAAAAGCGCCCAGGACAUACACAAAUUCCGCCAGAAAAUAAAUGAAGCUUUAGACGAGCUUGAGGCGAUGACAACAAUGAAACUGGAUUUUGCUAUGAAAACCAUAGAGUCAGACCUAAAAACAGACAUUGAUAACUGCAGUAAAGUUUACGAGGAGUUAAAUUGUUUCAAAGAUGUGAUGCAGGAUAUAAGUGAUAAAAACACUGAACUCGUCUUCGUAGCCUGCAAGAAAUGGUUGAAUAAGAAAAAGCAGUCAGAAUCUUUAUUACAGAGGAUGUCUACACAAACGGGCAUUACAUUUUCAUUUCAAACACAUGACAAUAUUGGUACAUUUUUGUCUGAAUUAUCUGGUCUGGGAACAGUAAUACAUGAACGGUUGGUUGACCAAGAUCGUCCAUUAUCUGUGAUUGCGAAGUCUUAUUUCAGUGUAAAAACAACGAGUGAAAAAUUGUUUAUUCAAAGCAUGUGUGGAGUAUGUUGUUUACCUGACGGUCAGCUCCUCGUUACUGACUUAUAUAACAAAUCGUUGAAGCUGUUGAACAAGCAAUAUCAAGUUGUCAGCAACUGCCACUUUGAUGGGUUUGCAUACAAUGUGUGUCAUAUUGGUAAAACUGACGUAGUUGUUACUCUUGAUGAUAAUAAAGAUACAGGCGAGUUAAAGUAUGUCACUGUAGACAAAGGGACACUUGUCAAAGGGAAGACUCUACAGCUUAAACAUCGAUGUUUUGGUAUCUGCCAUCGACAGGGUGAGCUGUAUAUCACGUCUAGGCGGGCGCUUUACAAAUACGAUUUAAAUGGGAAACAGCUGAAGAAAUUGUAUGAAGGAUCCAGUGAGAGUUCAGUAUUUACGUGUGAUAUUACCUAUAACGGUGACAAAAUCUUCGUCAUCAAUCGUAGAGACGACAUGCUGCUUACACUUGCAAAUGAUGGGACCGUGCUCUCCAAGUUUUCAGACCCAGAACUAAAAUCACCGUGGGGUGUACAUGUAACAUAUGCAGGACAAGUGCUGGUGUGCUGUGAGAAAACCAAUACUAUCAUGCAGGUGCACAGCGACGGGAAGAAGAAAAUUGCUUCUAUGUCUCUAGAGGCUGAUGGAUACAAGUCACCUAUGUCAGUUUUCUACAACCUGAUAUCAGCAUCUGUCGUUGUAGGAAUUGGGUCUAGCCCUUCUAUUGUUGUUUUAAAGGUUAAAUGAAAUAUGAAAGCAGCACAUCAUGAGUUAGUGUUAAAAAUGUACCUGCCAAAAAUCCAAACAUAAUUACGCGUCUCUAUAUCAUAGCUUAUGAUAAAGCAUUUGCAAUCCAAUUAAACGAUGUCUAAUACUGAACAAAAAACUGAUUAUUUAACUGUCUUAAUGAAAGCUCUGAGAACUAAUUAAACCUAUAGAUUUGUGUACGAAUUUACAUGUGUUGGGUGGAAAAUAACAUAUUUUCCUUUAUUUGUAAAUUAAAAGAAAUUAAAGGUGUACGUGUGCAAUACAUGUCCAAACAUUUUCGUUAUGGCCGAUAUUAUCAAGUAAAUCUGAUAAUAAUUACACCAAUUAGGGUAUAAUGCACAUGUUUUUAUGUUAACGCUUUAAAUAAGAAAAGUGUAAUUGUGUACGUACAAUUGCUAACUUGAAUCGCUCAUCGACUUUAUUAGCAUUUAAAGGGAAUGAUCUGUUUGCGCUCUAAAAUUGUGACAUAUUUUUCACCAUAUUAGCGUAGCGUGUUCUGCUUUCAUUGAUGUAAGCCAAAUUAGUGUUAUAAAUAUAACUCAUCUUAAUCGGUGUAAAAAUUAGAUGUAUUUAAACUUUUAAAAACACUUUUAGCUGCUUUUAAAGUUAAAUAUUUAUUAACAAACCGUUCUUAAUCCAGAAACGAUAAUUACAUUUUCUUUAUCAUUUGAAUAUCAGUUAUUUAUUCCUCUUGUAUUACCAAAAUAAAGCAAAAUAUAGAAUCGCAUUUAUCAUCACAUAAUUCUGAAAUAUAAAGGGGCGGUAUCAUAAUAUCGAGCGAGAACAUCGUAGUGUGAAUAGUGCACCAUGCACGAUAUCGAAAAUGAAUACCAUUUCCUGCUAGUAUGUCCAAUAUAUGCACACCUGCGAAAAAAAGUUAAAAUCGCCAUUUUGCAGAUGGCUAACAAUUAAUGAAGUUGCAUCAUAAAUGUCCAGCGAAAGUCAAACUGAUAUAUAGGAUCCACACAAUUUAUUUACGAAGCAAAUAACUUACUACAACAUCUCGAUUCGUAAUUUCUAUAUUAAAUAAUUCAUUAAUGAGUUAUCGUGAUGUUAAUUGUAUAUAGUUGUGAAAUUAACCAUAAUAAUCGCUUUUGCAGUAGUUAUGACGAUAAAACCCAAAGAUGAUCUUACAAUAAUUUAAGUUGUAACUUUUUUUUAUUUGUUACCUUUUCAUAAUAGUCUGGUGUUCGCAACAAAUACAUGAAACCAAACAUAGGAUUGCACUUAACAGCACUUAUGUCGCUAAGGAUGGUUUAAUCACAUAAAUGUGUGUUCAUCUUGAAAUACCAUUACAUGUAUGUGAAAAUAUGUAUAUGAACUUGUAUAAUAUGUAUGUAUGCAUCCCAUAGUGUGUACUCCGUUCAACAUAAAUAAUGAUACAUAUUAUAUUUUACCUAAAUAAUUAUCUUUUUGAAAAAUCAGUAUCAAUAUGUUCCUCCCCCUACUGCACAUUAUUUUAAUCUUAUGUAUUGUACGUAAGCUAGUAAAUAUUAGAUUGCAGUUGCAAUAUUAGAUGCAAUUAUUUAGUCCAUUCAUAACUUACCAUGUUAACCGAUUCAUAACACUAUCGUCAAACCUCUAAUAUCUACCAAAACUUAUAAAUUGUAUAAUGCAUGCAUAACGAAAGCUAUGUAUAAGC